UCGUUGUUGUAGCCGGCAACCGUCAAGUUGGAUUUGUUGCACAUUUUAAUAAAUAUUUAAUCAUAUGUUGUAAAUAAAUAGAAAAUUUAAACUAUUUAACUUGUAAAAGGAUGGCAGGACCAGACGUAGCUGCUUUAGCAGCGGAUCUAGCACGAGCUGUUGAAUUAACCAUGAGUGCUAGUGCCUCACAGUCGGACCGAUUAAGGGCAUACCAAGCUUGCGAAAGUUUUAAAGAAACGUCUCCUCUUUGUGCAGAAGCUGGUCUUUAUUUGGCUGCAGGAACACAGCAUUCCUUGAUAUCUAGGCAUUUUGGACUCCAGCUCAUGGAGCAUACCGUGAAAUAUAGAUGGACACAAAUUUCCCAACAAGAGAAAAUUUUUAUAAAGGAAAAUGCUAUGAAAUUAUUGGCUGCGGGUGGUAUAAGUGACGAAUCUCAUAUGAAAGAUGCACUAAGUCGGGUGAUUGUAGAAAUGGUAAAGAGAGAGUGGCCUCAACAGUGGCCUGGUCUGUUGUCUGAAUUAUCCGAUGCUUGCGCUUGUGGUGAAAUACAAACGGAAUUAGUCCUUCUUGUUUUUUUACGUCUUGUUGAGGAUGUAGCUUUACUUCAGACUUUGGAAUCGAAUCAGCGGCGAAAAGACAUUUAUCAUGCAUUAACAGCGAAUAUGGCCGUGAUAUUUGAUUUUUUCUUGAGACUAAUAGAACUACAUGUUGGCCAGUUUAAAUUAUUUAGCGAAACAGAUGCUUCUAAAGCAAACGGCCACGGGCGAGUAGUUCAAGUAGUCUUGCUGACGUUAACUGGAUUUGUGGAAUGGGUUUCCGUAACCCAUAUAAUGGCUCAGAAUGGGAGAUUAUUACAGAUUCUUUGUUUACUAUUAAAUGACUCUGCAUUUCAAUAUUCUGCUGNUGCUGCUCAUAAAAUUUUGAGCA